AUGCGUGCGAUCAAACGUAAACGUCUUGAGCCACGAGAACUGAAACGUCUGGAGGCAACAGUUGCCCGUCUCCCCGCGGAUGUCGUCAGUGAAGCAGUGAUGGAAGCUGAAGAACAACGUCGCGAUGAUCAGGCUGAAUCCAUGGAUACUGGACCAAAAGGUGUCAGUGCUGGUGGUCUGAAUCUCAAGACGAUGAAAAAAGCUGAUGGAUCCUACCCAGUUUGGCUCAGCCAGCGGAAAGUACGGCAAGCGAAAAGCAAGCGAAAAAUGGUUGUGAGUGCUAAGAAAAAAAAGUCUAAAAAGAAGAGGUGA